CGCGGCGGGUAGCGGCUACGUGAGCGCACGAGCGUGUUUCUGUGUUCGGUGAUCAGCUGCAGAGGGUCCGCGCGCACAGGUGAGCAGGUAGACAGUCCGAUGGGAGACAGCGAUGACGAGUUCGACAGGAGGAGGCGGGACAAGUUCAGGAGAGAGAGGAGCGACAUGGAGCGGUCGAGAGAGAGGGAGGAGAGGAGGAGAGACGACUGGCCCGACAGGGACUGGGAGCGCGGCAGAGAGAGGAGGAGGGAUUACGACCGUGGACGCAGAGAGAGGUUUUCUCCCCCCCGACACAUCAGCCCUCAGCACAAACGCAUGAGGAGAGACUGGGACGACCACCGGGGGGAGCCGUACCGCUACGACAUGCCCUACGGAGGGGGCGGGGCUCCGUUUCCGGGGGCGGGGCCUCAGGGCUGGCACCCCGACCUCCCCCACCUCCACCCACACCACGGAGGUCACCCGCUGCAGGGCAGGUUGGGGAUGGUGGAUCCAGAUCUGCCUCCUCUUGGUCCUCCCACCAUGAGGAGCUUUAAGGAGUUCCUGCUGAACAUGGAGGACAGCGUGGACGAGACGGAGUCGGUGAAGCGCUACAAUCAGUACAAGCUGGACUUCAGACGGCAGCAGCUGCAGGACUUCUUCCUCCAACACAAAGACCAGGAGUGGUUCCGCUCCAAGUACCACCCCGAUGACAUCACGGCCAGGAAGGCGGAGUCUCUGGCCGCCCUCAAGACCCGGCUGGGCGUCUUCCUCUUCCUGAUGGACAACAGCUGGCUGGACAACCUGUCGCUGGACAUGGAGCACGGCCCCGCCAUCAUCAAGCUGCUGGACGCAGCCGUGAUAAAGAUGGAGGGAGGAACAGACCUUGACCUGCAGGUCCUGGAGGUGCCGAGUGCUGCUGCAGCGGCUGGUGGGGAGGCCAGCAGCAGUGGAGGAGGACCAGGAGCACCACCACCACCACCUCCAGGAGGAGGAGGAGGAGGAGGAGGAGCAGCAGAGAAGAGUCAGGGAGAUCCCAGCGGAGGAAACGUGAGCUGUCGGACGGACUCUGAGUCGACGGGGAGUCGAACAGAAGAGACGACCGGAGCAGAGACGAGAGAAACCAAAGACUGUGAUAAGGACGGUGAAGAGGAGGCCAAGCAGAACGGAGAUAAUGAGAAAGACGAAGGAGAGGAAGAUGACGAGGAGGAGGAGGGGGAGGAGAAGAAAGAGGAAGAGGAGGAGGAGGAGGAGAAGACGACGACAAAGACAAAGACAACAAAGAAAGGCAGGAAGAGGAAACGCAGCGUCUCCGCUGACAGCGGAGAGGGCAGCGCCUCUGACUCUGACUCCUCCCACUCUGACGGAGAGAAGGAGGAAGAGGAGGAGAAGGAGGAAGAGGAGGAGGACGGCCAGGACGAGCGUCGUAAGGAGCGGGGGAAGGAGAGAGAGAAGGAGGCUCCAGCUAAGCCCCGCCCCCUCCACCUCACCACCUCUUUGUUCAUCCGGAGCAUCCCGCCAGAGGUUUCCAAGGAGGAGAUCACAGCUUUGUGUCGUAGGUAUCCUGGUUUCCUGCGGGUGGCGCUGUCGGACCCUCAGCCUGAGAGGAGGUUCUUCAGGAGGUGUUGGGUGACGUUUGACCGGAGUGUGAACAUAAAGGAGACGUGCUGGAGCCUUCAGAACAUCAGACUCAGAGACUGUGAACUGUCUCCGGUGGUCAACAGAGACUUGUGUCGUCGUGUUCGCUCCGUUAACGGUCUGACUCAUCACAAACCGGUGGUGAGGAACGACAUCCGUCUGUCUGCACGCCUCGUCCACAGUCUGGACCAGAAGGGGGCGCUGUGGGCUGGACAGAUGGAGACCAACCCCGUCCUGAAGAACAUCACAGACUACCUCAUCGAGGAGGUGAGCGCUGAGGAGGAGGAGCUAAUGGGAGCUUCAGGGGGCGGGGCUGACGACGCCAAAGACCCCGCCUCCUCCUCCGAGGUUACCGUGGAGACGGACGACAAGCUACUGAAGGUGCUGGACAGACUGCUGCUCUACCUGCGUCUGGUUCACUCUGUAGAUUACUAUAACUUCUGUGAGUAUCCUGCUGAGGACGAGAUGCCUCACCGCUGUGGACUGAUCCACGUACGAGGACCCCUACCUGUAGCCAGGAUCACUGCAGCAGAGGUGAGUGAGCACCAGAGGAUGUGUGAGGAGCGUCUGUCUCCUCUUCUCUCGGCUUCAGAGACUCUGAGUGAAGAAGACGCUUCCAGACUGGGAAGGAAGGAGCCGGAGCAGGAGGUGGAGAAGUUCUUGUCUUCAAACACUCAGGAGCUCAGUAAAGACAAGUGGCUCUGUCCUCUCAGCGGGAAGAAGUUCAAGGCUCCAGAGUUUGUGCGUAAACACAUCCUGAACAAACACGGGGACAAAGUCUCCGCCGUCAGACAGGAAGUCGUGUUCUUCAACAACUUCCUGUUGGACGCCAAGAGACCCGCCCUACCUGAGAACAAGCCCCUCCCCCGCCAGCACAAGCCACGCCCCCCGGUAUGCCAGGGUUUCCUGGUCAGUCGCCACAGCAGCAAAGCCUUCUGGGAUAUCCUCCUGGAGUCAGACCGCCUAUGCCCGGCUUCCCUGGUGGCGGUCCUCCCUUCCCUCCCAACCAGUUCGGGGCGGGUCGUGGUAACUAUGACAACUUCAGAGGUCAUCCAGGAGGAGGGUUUCCAGGGAAACAACGAAACAACAGGGGCGUCCGAGGAGACCCCCGGUCCAUCAUCGAGUACAGAGACCUGGACGCUCCGGACGACCUCGACUUCUUUUAGUGAAACCACAGGAUGUUUUUUUUUUUAAAACCUUUUUUAUUCCUACAUUUCCCAUGAUCCUUUUCACCGAGGCUCCAUCAUGUGUUUUAUUUAGUUUGUGUUUUAGGUUUGUGUCAGUCAGCAGGACCAACGUUGUUACUGGAGAUGAUCUGAUUCCACUUUACAAUAAAGAUACAGCCGACUGAUGAUGACGAGUGGUGUGUUCAUGG